AUGAACGGCGAAACGACGUCGUUUCGGUUCGACUUCGGCGCGACAGCGCGCGCCGAGCGCGACGGCGACGGAGAGAUUCAUCGAAAGUGUGAAACCGCGUCGUCGAGACAGUGCGCGCGAGCGACCGCGCUCGACGCCUCGACGCUUCGAUACGUCGACGACGCGACGUGGGUCGGGACGUACGAAACGUAUGGAGACAUUGAGAUCGUGCGGUGCGCGCCCGGGUGCGCGGCGAGCGCGUUGGAUGGGUGCGACGCGGACGCGGACGUCGUCCCGGGCGUGUACGAGGGCGGGCUGAAGACGUGGGAGUGCGCGGUAGAUUUAGCGACGGCGAUCGCGAGAGGGGAGAUCGAUAUUGGGAGUUUAAAGAGCUUGGGCGAUGUGCACGUGUUGGAGCUCGGGGCUGGGCAGGCGGUGCCGGCGUUGGUGGCCACGCGGGCGUUGGGCGGCGCGUGCGGACGGUUGACGCUGACGGAUUAUAACAGAGACGUCGUGGAGGAGGUGACGGCGCCAAACGCGCAGGCGACGAUGGAGCUCAUGAAGGAACAUGGGGAGCGUCCACCAAGAGAGAUGGUAUUUUUGUGCGGCGAUUGGAGCGGGUACGACGCGUACGUAGACGCCGGGAGCGUGGACGUGUUGCUGACGAGCGAGUCGAUUUAUGACGUCGGGCAAUACGGAAGUCUGUGCGCGUUCAUAGCGCACGCGCUGAGCGAUGACGGGGCGUGCUACGUCGCAGCAAAGAGCUAUUAUUUUGGCGUAGGCGGUGGCACGAACGCGUUCGUAUCGUACUGCGAGAAGAAUUACGAUUUCAAGGUGGAGCGCCUGAAGAAAUUCUCAGACGGCAAGUCAAACGUCAGAGAAAUCCUCGUGGUUCGAAAGACGCACGAUUGA